CUUUUUUUUUUUUUUUGUGUGCAAAUUUCAAUUUACACUUAAAUGAUUAAAUUAGAACUCUUUUCUCUUUGCGUUUACAAACAUUACUCAUCCACAAAACCUGAUUAUAAUGUGAUUAAACAUUCAACAUGAAACUCGUAAACAGAGCAGAAGAAAAAACAGAGAGAGAGAACAAGAAACUAAACAAACAAUCACAACACCAAACCAGAGAACCAAGAAUCUGCAGAGCUUUGUGUUGCGGUAACAAAGCAAGACUCAGCAUUUCUUCUUGUUCUUCGGCAGAAUCAGACAAGAGUUCAAGAUUUUCAGACCAGCACGGUUCGCUCUCUAGCUUGGCACACUACAUGGUUCAGGAGAAGCUAGAGCAGAUGAUCAGAGAGACACAAGAAGCCACACAUCAAGAGAAGAUAAGACAACAAAAGAUGAGAAGAAGAAGAAGAAGAAGUGAGGGUAGCAUCAGUAGCACUAAGUUCAUAGUGAUGAUGGCGAUGGAGAAAUGUUCUUUUGAUCCAAGAGAGGAUUUUAGAGACUCCAUGGUUGAGAUGAUUGUGGCAAACAAGAUCAAAGAAGCAGAUGAACUUAGAAGCCUCUUGGAGUACUAUCUAUCGAUGAACCCUCGCGAAUACCGGUCUGCCAUUCUCGAGAUCUUUUACGAGGUUUGUGCUGAUCUGUUUCGUAGCUAAGAGAGAACAAAGACCAGUUGUUUCUUUUAAAUGUUUGUGUAAGAUACCCGGUUUGUAACAAACCGGUGUUAUGGGUAAUAAAUAGACUGAUUCAGAUGCCAUUUUAUAAACCAAAAUUAGAAACCUGAAAUUACAAAAAUCUGAAAUGAGAUACAAUUUCGAUUUCAAUUUGGUAACCCCUUUGUUGACAACCUGAUCUGAACCAAACUAAUUUCAGUUUUAGUUGAUCAGACAUUUCACAAACUGUAAACAUUCAACCAAACUGAACCAGAAAAUCCGAAAUGCCAGACAUAGUGCACACUGCACACCCUCCUAGUUUACGAUAAACACUUCAUUUUAAAAAAAAAAACUUUAACAAAUGUGAAUCAAUGUUUAGUCUUGGCU